AUGAUAGCAAAAUUAGAUGGCGCCUGCUCCCUGAUCGAAUCCUCGAGCGCUUUCGAACACCAAAAGAAAGACCAGCAAUGCCACGACUUUGAGCAAGAAGGCAAGACAAUUGACCGUCGUCAGGUAGCCACUGACGAUUUACUCAACUCUCUUCUGGAAUUCCUCUCGGAAUUACUUUCUAGUCUAACCAUCUCUUUCAGCAAGCUUAAAGCCCGUAGUAGGCAAGCGAUCGUCCAAGAUGCUUCCUGCUCUUUCGGUUCGGGAUUUACAUCUUAUUUUGUGUUGAGUUUCUAG